UAACUAAGCAAAAUAGUGGCGCCAAAUAUUUAGGUGUUUCCCAUGAUUCCCUUUUGUGCCUGAACGAAAACUUCGUAAAAACCUUUGAUAACACGCAGAUAAACUUGUAAAAUUUGAAGAAACUCGUCAGAAAUGGAUUCCGAGAGUGAAGAACUGUAUUUAAUGAAGUUGAAGCAAUAUGUUUACGACGAAGAUAAAAUCGUAACAGCAGUUUCACUAAGUGUGAAACAUAAUAUUGAUAUUCACACAUCACAUACCCUGCUGAAACAGUUUGUUGAGGAUCAACAAGCAGCAAAAAAUGAUAAAAACUUGGGGAUAAGUUACACAUUAAUGGGAACUCUGAAAGAUUCUGGUACAAAGACUUUUAUGAUUGUAAAGCAUGAUCAGUUGGCAGAAAAGAAGAAAUUGUUUAAGAAUUUACAAGAUGAGCUGGUUUACAGUGUACAAAAGACAGCUGAUGUCAAUUUUGAUUUGGUUGCAAUGGUUGACAUGUGGAAAUUGCCAAGUGAUAAAGGCUCUCUUUCUGGAUGUACUAUAAGUAAAAAUUGCAUCUUGCGCAAAAAUCUCCCAAACAGAAAAGUGCUACCAACUGUAACACGCGCUGCGGGCACGGAUAAAUCUAAAGCUUCGCAUUUAUUCGCAUCAAAAUCAAAAGAAACUGCAAAAACAUCAACAUCUGACGUUAUAAACAAGGAAGAGAUUAAAAAGGAACCCAAAGAAACUAAAACAGAGAACAAAACUAAUAAACUCACGAAGCAAAACUCUGGAGAAAAGAAAAAUACCGCGAUUGCCAAUAUGUUCGCUAAGGCGCCUCCACCAAAAGAGAAACCUGAACAAAUCAAGCAAGAGGUGAAGGAUGAGCCUGUAGAAGCCAUGUCGAUUGAUGAUGAUGAUAGCAAUGAUGAAGAAAUUGAUCUGAAGAAAAAAGAAACAAGCAAAAAUUCAAGUAAGAAAACAAUUAAGAAAAAAGAAGAAUUAUACGACAGCGGAACUGAUGAAGAAGCGCAGAAAAUAGAGGCUGCUAAUAAAGCUAAAGCUAAAACUUCUCCCAAAAAGAAAGCUGCGGCUAAUAAAAACAAGCGACAACGUGAUAAGAGCGUGGAAAAACCACAAAAGAAGAGGAAGCGAAUCGUUCAACACGUUGAAAGUGAUGAAGAUAUUUUUGCUGAUGAUGAUGAAGAUACCGAACCAAAUGAUUCCAACAUCAUCGUAUCCGAUGAUGAUGCAGAGAUAAAAACGACUCAAACGAAGAAAUUGGCACCCAAAAACAGAAAAAGGAAAUAUGUUGAUAAGACUACUAUGGAUGAAGAUGGCUACAUGGGUAAUAUUCAUAUUAUUUACAUAUUAAUAUAAUUUAAUUGCUUUAAUAAAUUUUCAGUCACAGAAAAGAAUUAGUCUAUGAAAGUGCUGAAAGCGAGGAAGAAGACAAAGAAAAUCCACCGAAGAAGCAGGAACCACAGAAGAAAGCAUCGCCUGCGGAUAAUAAAAAGUAUCACCACCAUCAAACAAUAAAAAGAAGAAACAAGCGAUUAAACCUGCAAAUCAGCCAACAUUGAUGAACUUCUUCAAGAAAAAGUGAAACAAUGUUACAAUUAUGUUGUAUUUUCUAUUUAUUCCCCAAUGAUAUCAUGGUAUUCUAAAUGUGUUUGUUUCAACUGUAUUGUUAGUAUUUUAAAUUGUACCUACUUACCGGAUGCAUUACAGUAGUUGCUAUUUUCUGAGAA